AUGAGUAGGAAACCUCCGACCUGUCGACAGGCGGCGACGACCGCACUUUCGAUCCAUCCAACUGUCAUCCCCCAGAGUAAUAAUUUCAGGCAUUAAGAAUGAGAUGUCGGCUUUCUCUCCCCGCCUGUGAGAAAAGAGAAAAAGGCUUCCUUGCGCUGGUUUCAUCUUGUUCUUUGAGGGUUUUCUGUUUUCUGCGUCCACAUAUACCUUCCAUGACCUACAAUUCUAACUAUAAUGUCCUUUCUGUUAAGUUCUUUGGAGUACAUUGUUGUUUUUUUACCCCCACGCUUUCUUUGCCGGUGGAUAGGAUCAUACACUGGUCAGUGGUUACCCUCCCCCAACAAUCACCCACCUCAAGUUCGAUGUCUAACUCCGUACCUAUCCGUGAUUGAACGCCGAUGCUUUUGAUCUACCCUGUCCGAAGUUAUCACCUUUGGAGUCAGAU